AGGGUAAAUUCGUAAAUGUAUCAAAAAGACCCCAUAUCAAGUUCGAGGUUCAGCCUCCAGAAGAGAUCAUAUCACUGCUGGUCUCUCAAUUGUGUUGUUGGAGGCGGUCAUCGAAUCCAAGGUAAAACAUCGAAACCCACUUCUCCCUUUUGCAUCAGAACUAACACACCCUUUUUCUCUCCCGUUCCAUGUAUGCUGUUUCACUGUAUUCGGAAUCGUUCUUUUUGGGUUUUGUUCUUCUGGAUGAAUGCUGCAUAUAAUCCUAAUCUAACGGUUUGUAACAUUAUGGGGAAGGACUCAAAGGCAAAAGAAGGGAAGGGUAAGGGAAAGCAGGCAGCUAGUGGAGGUGACGAGAAUGCUUCAAAGGGGAAGGGGAAAGCUGGGAAGUCUGCUGAUGGGCUCGGCACUUGCACAUAUGUCAAAGCAAGACAUAUCUUAUGUGAGAAGCAAGGCAAAAUUAAUGAAGCAUACAAGAAGCUACAAGAUGGCUGGCUUAGUAAUGGAGACAAGGUUCCACCAGCUGAGUUUGCGAAGCUAGCAGCAGAAUAUUCAGAAUGUCCAUCAGGGAAGAAGGGUGGUGACCUUGGAUGGUUUCCGCGUGGCAAGAUGGCUGGUCCAUUUCAGGAUGUUGCCUUCAGCACAGUUAUUGGAGCCACCAGUGCACCAUUCAAAUCAACGCAUGGAUAUCACAUUAUAUUGUGCGAAGGGAGGAAGAAUUGAGAGGAACCAGCAUCCAUGAAGCGUGUUUCAAACAGGGCUAUAGAAAUGAAACAUUAUGCGAGUUUGCCUAUUUAACAACCUGCAUGUUGAUGGCAUAAUGUAUGGAAUACUAGUGACUCAGUGAUGCUUCCCGUAAUAGUUUCUUGGCCAUUUAUCAUCAAA